AUGACUGUUAAGACAUUGUUGACCGGGGUCGCAGCUCUCAGUCUGCUGAGUAGUGUUGCCUAUGCUCAGGACCGGACCGUGAACGUGUACAAUUGGUCCGACUACAUCGAUGAGUCUAUCCUGGAGGACUUUACCAAGGAAACCGGCAUCAAGGUCGUUUACGACGUCUUUGACAGCAACGAGGUUCUGGAGACGAAGCUCCUUGCCGGUGGCACCGGUUACGACGUUGUCGUUCCGACUGGUACCUUCCUGGGAAGACAGAUACAGGCCGGCGCAUUUCAGAAGCUGGACAAGGACAAACUGUCUAACCUUGAAAACCUCUGGCCCGAGAUCAUGGCGCGCGUCGUGAAAUUCGACCCUGGAAAUGAACACGCCAUAAACUACAUGUGGGGGACCACCGGCUUCGGGUACAAUGUCGACAAGAUCAAGGAGAUCAUGCCUGAUGCGCCUCUGGACAGCUGGGAUAUGGUCUUCGAUCCAGAAAUCGCGUCAAAGUUCGCCGAUUGCGGUAUCUAUAUGCUCGAUACCCCGGAUGAAAUGUUUCCACCCGCAUUGAAUUACCUUGGUCUUGAUCCCGACAGCAAUGAUCCGGCCGACUUCAAAAAAGCGACGGAACUGCUGAUGUCGGUGCGCCCCUAUGUCCGAAAGUUCCAUUCUUCCGAAUACAUCAACGCGCUGGCAAAUGGAGACAUUUGCCUGGCAGUUGGAUGGUCUGGAGAUGUGUUGAUAGCACGUGACCGCGCUGCGGAAGCCGACAACGGUGUGACCGUCGAAUACGUCAUUCCGAAGGAAGGGGCCAUGAUGUGGUUCGACAACAUGGCCAUUCCGGUCGAUGCACCGCAUGUCGAAGAAGCUCAUGAAUUUAUCAACUACAUCAUGAGACCGGACGUGAUCGCCAAGGCGACAAACUAUGUCUUCUACGCAAAUGGAAACAAGGCGAGCCACGAGUUCGUUGACAAGGAAGUUCUCGGGGACCCGGCUGUCUACCCGGAUGAGGAAACCGUAAACAACCUGUUCAUAACAACAACCAAGCCACCGAAGACAAUGCGGACGCGGACGCGGGAAUGGACCAAGAUAAAAACCGGUCAGUAA